AUCGGUAACCUGCUGGCAUUGGUUGUUCUCCAUCGUACCAGGAUGGAGUCUCAAAGACUCAUGUUCCAUAGCCUAGUGGCCGGCCUUGUGUGGAACGAUCUCAUUGGCAUUGUGCUGACGUCACCGGUUACCGUCGCAUCCUACAUUAACGGCCUACAGAUGCCAGGGGGAGAGCAUUUGUGUCGGUUUAACGGCUUCAUCAUGAUCUGUUUUGGGCUGAGUACGCCCCUGAUUGUCAGCGCUAUGGCAAUAGAACGAUUUCUCUUCGUGAAGUACACCUUCUUCUACACCAAGCACUGCGCCCCAGGGGCGGCUCGCUUUGUCAUGAUUGUUAUUUGGGGUUUCGUUCUGUUCUUUGGCCUCCUGCCCAUGUUUGGUUUUGGUAACUACGUCCUGCAGUAUCCACGAACUUGGUGCUUUCUGGACUUCAGGACGACCAACCCGGUGCACGCAGCUUACGGAUACAUGUAUUCUGGGCUGAACCUACUGCUGGUUAUAGUAAUGGUGGUUUGUAACCUGGUGGUUGUGGUGACGUUGGCACGCGUCAGAGAUUACCGGAGGAAGUACAGCUCUAGCAGCCUCAACAGUGUCUUGAUCGGAGACGGCGUCAUGGAUGAUAGCCAGCGGCAGCAGGCAAUCUUGCGGAGACGGAAGCAGAAAGAUAUGGAGUUACAGAUGAUUGUCGUCAUGUGUGCAAUUACAACAAUCUUCGCCGUUUGCUGGGUGCCACUUAUGGUAG